AUGGCCGAAAUUACUGGUAAUUACCGGGACGAGCGAGACCGCUCUCACCGCUCUUCGCGCGACGACCAUCGGCGCCACGACGACCGCGGCUCAUCCAGGCACGAGGACCGCUACUCUCGCGGAGGCGACAGGGAGCGCAGCUCACGUGGUGGCGAGGAACGCUACUCGUCGCACCGGGAGCACCGCGGCGACCGCAACGACCCGCGUGGCGGCGGCGAGCGCGGAGGGUACGCCAGCCGCGACGAUAGGGGCUACAGGCGUCAUGAGGAUGAUAGGCGCCCGCCGCGAGAUGCGCGCCCGCCACGCGACGACGCCGCGGAUGGCGGACGUCGCGGCCGCGGCAAGGAGAGGGAGAACCCCGGCGGCUUUCAUGAGGGCCGUCGGUCCCCGACGCCGCCGGGAUGUGUGCCGCUUUCGCAGCGCAAGCGCAAGGCCAGCGGUUGGGAUGUUCACGCGCCCGGAUACGAGCAGUACUCGGCUAUGCAAGCAAAGCAAACUGGUCUAUUCAACCUUCCUGGCGCCAACCGUACUCAGAUGCCGCCCAUCCUGAGUAUGCCUGGUCUACCUCAGCCGAUGCCUGUUCAGCAGUUCGGCAUGGGCAUGGGUAUCAACCCGGGUCUCUCGCGCCAGUCGCGUCGUCUGUACAUUGGCAGCAUCACUCCCGAUAUCAACGAGCAAAACUUAACCGACUUCUUCAACGAGAAGAUGGCGGAGAUGAAGAUUGGCACGGGUGGCCCAGGCAACCCGGUUCUGGCUGUGCAGUGCAACUACGAAAAGAACUAUGCGUUUGUCGAGUUCAGGAGCGCCGAAGAUGCUACGGCUGCCAUGGCCUUCGACGGCAUCAUCUUUAUCAACGGUCCUCUCAAGAUCAGGCGUCCCAAGGACUACGGCGGGAUGGAGACGGGCGCACCCUACCAUGUCGCCGGUGCAGUCUCGACGAAUGUGCCGGACUCCGAGCACAAGAUAUUCAUCGGCGGUCUCCCUGCGUACAUCAACGAGGAGCAGGUUAUGGACCUCCUCAAGAGUUUCGGCGAGCUCAAGGCGUUCAAUCUAGUUCGCGAGCCCAGCACCGGCGCUUCGAAGGGCUUUGCUUUCGUCGAAUACGUCGAUCCGGAGGUCACCAACGUCGCUAUUGAAGCCCUCGCGGGUAUGGAGAUCGCCGACAAAACGUUGGUCGCCCAGCUCGCCUCCGUCGGCGCGAAGCAAGGCACGAUCCCGGAGAUGCCGCAACCCGGCGAGAUCCCACGCCCCAUCAUGCCCGCAGGCGACGUCUCGUCCAGCGACGCCCGCAUCGUGCUCAUGCUGAACAUGGUCACGCCCGAAGACCUGAUCGACGACGCCGAAUACGCCGAACUAGUAGAAGAUAUCCGCAGCGAGCUCGACAACUACGGCGCUGUUGAAGACCUGCGUAUCCCGCGUCCCGUGCGUCGCGAGCGCAAUAAGUGGGGCGCGCCCACGGACGGUGUGGACCCUAUCGUUGCACAACGCCAGGACGAAGCUGCCGGUGUUGGUCGUGUGUACGUCAAGUACAGGGAUGGAGCCAGCGCGGGACGCGCGAUGCAGGCUAUUGCAGGCCGUUCGUUCGGUGGGCGGACGAUCAUCGUUACGCUGCUCAGCGAGGAUAUGAACGUGACGCCGCCGCUGGAGCUUAUCUUUGCUCCUCAACCGGAGGCACCGCCGCCGCUCCCGGCCGCGCCUGCCCAGUAG